CGUCACCACAUAAAUUGCUUUAAUAUCUACUUUAUGUUGACAAAGUGAAAGUCGAUGUAAGACGUCUAUUUGACAAAUUUAUGCACAGAUGCAGUCUUGGCAACCUGAAUUGCAGUCAAUUUAUAUGCUGAAAGAGACAUUAUCGAGAAAGGCAAUUUGGCAAAAGGAUGGUCAUCAAUGCUUUUUGCGACGAUCGAUUGCAUUGAGAAAUCUUUCGUUUCAUAUGCUAAUUGCGUACAUUAGUUCUAAGCUUUACCGAAUAUCAAAACAGCUUUACUUUGACCAUGUCAUCUGCGCAUUACUACAUUUGAUGAAGUGAUCACGUUCUAGUAUGACAGAGAGGAGUUAGAAAGCUACUAAUAAGCAUGUAUUUCGUUGUCAUUUAUCUGUACAUUACUCGUUAAACGAGUGGAGUACGCAUUGUCGCAUCGAUUUGACGAUGGGCCAGUGCGGUGCGUCUUGGUUAUGUAUGUCACGACAGCGGAUCACUCAGGCAUAUAAAAGUAUAAUCAGGUUCUAUAAACUUUUAAUAUUACAAUGAAAGAAAG